UUAUUAUCUUUCUAUAGCCUAUACGAUACUACAACCGUCACCGAUAUAUUAUAUUCUCAUUUCAAUAUAUUAGUUACAAUAUUGACGUCGAAACUGACAACAUCGUCGUCGUCGUUGUCGUCGUCGUCGUCGACGUCGUCGUCGUCGUUGUCUUCGACGUCGACGACGACAUCGUCAUCGUUAACGACGCGUCGUCUCGCUACCGUUACUCUUUCUCUUAUCGUUACGAGGCUCAACGUCAACAUGAUAAACGUGCAGAAAAUGAAAAAAGAAAGAAAGAAAGAAAGAAAGAAAAAAGAACAGAAAAAGGAAAAGAACAAGAAAAAAAAGAAAAGGAAGGAAGAAGGAAAAAGGGUGUAUCUGGGGAUCGCGAUUCCUCCACGUAGAAUUACGCGUUGCCGGGUGCCGUUACGUUACCGUUUAAGUCAAAUAUCAAGGGGGGACUCGUUUACGGUGGAAAGAAAAGGAAAGAAAGCGGAAGAAAGCGGUAAAGAAGAAAAAGAAGAAGAAGAAGAAGGAACGACGGCUAAGACGACUACGCCGACUACUACGACAACGACGACAACUACGACUACGACGACUACGACGACUACGACGACUACGGCGACGACGACGACGACGGCGGAAGAACGGAAGAACGGCCGGUCGAACGGCGGACAAUCGGACGGGCGGAGGAAAGCGAGGAAGAGGGAAAAGGAAAGUAAAGAAGGGCUUGGCUACUGUUAGUUGAUCGCU